AUGCUUCCUAUCCCCUCCAGUUCGCUCGUGUUAGCCCAAGGGCAACCGCAGAGUAUAGCCUUCGAGUCACCCAAUGUGUUUUCGGGGUCAUUUAUUCCGAGGGAAAAGAUCAACAGACACAUAUAUAAGGAAAACAAGUUGAAAAUGACGAAGCACAUUCACGCUUCACGCAAUUUCGGCGUUGGUGAUCUUUCUAUCAAGGCCCCUGAAUUUCGAUCUGCCGUCGCUGUUCCUGUUCAGAAUUCUUCCUCUCAAGGGCCUUACAGCAAGAAAAGAAAGGCAGAUGAGACUGGACCAUACGCAUCCAAAAAUUCUCUUAUGUCGAUCCCAUCGAAUUCGACUAUCCUGCCGGGAAUGUUGCAACCUGCUCCUUUGCUUACUCAAGAUAUAAUGACCCAAAUUGGAGCAUCUUCGAGUGGUAGCAGACUCCACCAGUUUCCUCAACAAUCAGCUUUUGUUAACCUGCCGCGGGCCAGUGGAACCUGCGACUAUGCCCCUCCAAAUUUUGAGGUUUUACCGACAAACGCGGUUUCUACCGAAUCAUUGAGUACAGCGACUGGUUUAUGCUCAGCAGCAGUUUCUAACACCAAGACCCAAACCACUGCUGUGACAAGCAAUGCCACUUCAAACGUAGCAAAAAGUAGUGCGCGACCCACCGGUGGUGAUGGUGACUACACAAUAGUCGUCGGCGAGGUCUUGCAUUCCAUGUCCGAAGGCUACGAAGUGACGUCCUUUAUGGGCCGAGGAACCUUUGGCCAAGUCGUCAAGUGCCUUUGUCGGUCUUCGAAUCGAUCAGUCGCCAUUAAAAUUUUAAAGAAUCACCCCUCUUACCUUCGUCAGGGUAACGUAGAAAUCCAGAUUCUUCAGACACUCAGUCAGCAGGACACUGAAUCACAUAACAUCGUUCGCGCCAUUGAGUGUUUUCAGCACAAAAACCACAUGUGCAUCGUAUUCGAACUACUCGAACAAAACCUAUACGAGUUCCUCAAGUCAAACAAGUUCCGGCCCCUAGCACUUCGUGAAAUUCGUCCCAUUGCUCAACAGGUCCUGACUGCACUUUCAAAGCUAAAAACUCUUGGACUCAUUCAUGCGGAUCUAAAGCCCGAAAAUAUAAUGCUUGUCUGUCCGGCUGACGGGAUUAUGCGCUAUCGGGUGAAAGUUAUUGAUUUCGGGUCCGCUUGUUACAGUUCCAAGGCUGUACAGAACACCUACCUACAGUCUCGCUACUAUCGAGCUCCAGAAAUCCUCCUGGGACUGCCAUUCAACGAGGCCAUUGAUAUGUGGUCAUUGGGAUGUGUUAUUGCGGAACUCUUUCUCGGUUGGCCUCUCUAUCCCGGCUCCUCCGAAUAUGACCAGCUUCGUUACAUAGUGGAAACCCAGGGUCUACCAUCUCGAGAUAUGUUAAGGAACGCAGGAAAGGGCAGCCGAUUCUUCGUUCGUGACCCCUAUACCCUUGAGUGGCGCUUCAAGACUCAGGAAGAGUAUUCUUUGGAAACCGGUCAACAGGCAAAAGAGGCGCGGAAUCCAAAUAGCCAGGACCCCAUUCUUUCCUACAAUGCGGCUUCCAUGCAUAAAGUAGAUCCUUAA